UGUGCAAUAUUAGCCAGUUCUUUUGGAAGGAUCACCGAUUUUUAUUCCAAUAAUAAUCAUACCCAUCAGAACACAUCCUUAUCCUUAUUUCAAAUAAAUUAAUGUGAAAUAAAAAAGUGACACUUAAUUUAAAAUUUUUUUAAUAGUGAUUUGAGUGUCAGAGACACAAGUGUUUUUUUUUCUUCAGUGAAAUUUGUUUUAUCUAACAAACAAAAAAAUGAAAGAUAAAAACCCACCAGAGAGCUCAAUGAGCUUCGACCCUUGCUCUCAACGCAUGAUGGAUUCCGGUGAAGAAAUCGUAAUCUCUGGCAUCGCCGGAAGAUUUCCGGAGUCUGAUAAUAUGCAGCAUUUUCAAGAAAAUUUGUUUAAUAAAGUUGAUCUUGUUACUGAUGAUGACCGUCGUUGGAAAUUAGAUCACCCUGAAAUUCCGCAACGUACUGGAAAAAUAAACAACGUGGGUAAAUUUGACGCUUUAUUUUUCGGAGUUCAUUUCAAGCAGGCUCAUACCAUGGAUCCGAUGUGCAGAAUGUUGAUGGAGCAUGCUUUUGAAGCAAUUGUCGACGCUGGUGUCAAUCCAAGGCACCUGCGUGGUACUAAAACGGGUGUUUUCAUCGGCGCUUGCUUUUCAGAGUCUGAAAAAACUUGGUUUUAUGAAAAACUUCAGGUGAAUGGAUUUGGAAUAACUGGAUGCAGUAGAGCUAUGCUUGCCAACCGUAUGUCUUACUGGUUAGGAGUGACUGGUCCGAGUUACACCGUCGAUUCUGCUUGCAGUUCGAGUCUCUUUGCAAUGGAACAUGCUUACAGGGCGAUUCGGAAUGGACAGUGUGACGCUGCUCUUGUUGGAGGAGCUAAUUUGUGUCUUCAUCCUUAUGUAUCUCUUCAAUUUUCUCGUCUUGGUGUCCUGUCAGCGGAUGGUCGUUGCAAAUCAUUUGAUGCAGAUGCCAACGGUUACACUCGAAGUGAAACUGUCAGUAUAGCUUUCUUGCAGAAAGCUAAAGACGCUAAACGUAUUUACGCAACAAUAAUUCACGGGAAAACCAACUGCGAUGGAUUCAAAGAGCAAGGGAUUACUUUUCCGUCAAGCGCUAUGCAGAGCGUGCUUCUCCACGACUUUUACGAAGAAUGUAAAAUCCCACCGAGCAUCGUCAAUUACAUAGAAGCUCACGGAACUGGCACCAAAGUCGGUGAUCCAGAGGAAGUUAAUGCGAUCGACAUUGUUUUUUGUCCCGGGCGCACAGAGCCGCUGAGAAUUGGAUCCAUAAAGUCUAACUUAGGACACGCUGAGCCAGCAAGUGGAAUGUGUUCCAUCGCUAAAGUUGUGAUUGCCAAUGAAACGGGAAUCAUACCUCCGAAUCUCCAUUAUAAUCGACCGCGUGAAGGAGUGAAAGCUCUGGAGGAAGGCAGAGUCAAAGUAAUAACAGAUCCAACACCCUGGGAAGGCGGAUAUGUAGGCGUGAGUUCCUUUGGUUUUGGUGGAGCCAAUGCUCAUAUUUUACUUAAAUCAAAUCCUAUUGAUAAAAUCAACGAAGGUGCUCCUAAUGACGAUUUGCCGAGGCUGGUUGUCGUUUCUGGCCGAACUGAAGAAGCUAUUGAAGCUCUACUUAAUGAUGUCGAAAGCAGACCAAUUGACGUCGAAUACGUCCGACUUCUUCAAGACGUCUACACGGAAGACAUUCCUGGGCAUUUAUAUAGAGGCUACACAAUACUAAGCCGCCAUACUACCAAAGAAAACCGCAUCAGAGACAUCGAGCACUACCCAGGUGCUAAACGACCCAUCUGGUUCGUCUUCUCAGGCAUGGGGUCUCAGUGGCCUGGUAUGGGAACAGCGCUUCUCCGGUUUCCAGUUUUCGCUCAAGCAAUUAAAAAAUGCGACGCUGUAUUAAAACCCCGCGGGGUUGAUAUCUACGACAUUCUAACGAAUCCAAACAAAUCAACCUUCGACAAUAUCCUAAACUCUUUUGUGGGAAUCGCUGCUGUCCAGAUAGGCCUCGUAGAUCUUCUCACUUCUCUCGGCAUCGUUCCUGAUCGUAUAAUCGGCCACUCCGUAGGAGAGCUCGGUUGUGCUUACGCCGACGGCUGCUUCACCGCCGAGCAAAUGGUCCUGGCUGCUUAUUCUCGUGGCUUAGCUUCAAUUGAGACCAAGACUAUCUUCGGAUCAAUGGCAGCUGUAGGACUGGGCUACGAAGACGUCAAGGAUCUCUGUCCUCCAGACAUCGAGGUCGCUUGCCACAACGGACCCGAGAGCUCGACCAUCAGUGGACCCGCGGAGUCAAUGAAAGCCUUCGUAGCCAAGCUCCAAGCGAACAAAAUCUUUGCUCGAGAAGUUCCUUGCAGCAACAUCGCGUAUCACAGCCGCUACAUCGCCGAAGCUGGGCCCAAGUUGCUGAAAUAUUUGAAGGAAGUCAUCCCCGACCCUAAACCCAGGAGUCCCAAGUGGCUGAGCACCUCGGUGCCACGCAGUCAAUGGACUACGCCUCAAGCUCGCUUGUCUUCAGCUGAAUACCACACCAACAAUCUUUUGAACGCUGUUUUGUUUGAAGAAACCGCUAAUUUAAUUCCCAAAGACGCGGUUACAAUUGAAAUUGCUCCUCACGGGUUGCUCCAGGCUAUUUUGAGGAGAUCUUUGAGUCCCAGCGUUACUAAUAUUCCUCUUACUCAACGCGGUCACAAGGACAACGUUGAAGUUUUCCUCCAGGCGAUAGGAAAAAUCUACGACGUUGGUUAUCUUCCGCAGAUCGCUAAUCUUUAUCCGGAUAUUAAAUUCCCAGUUUCUCGAGGAACUCCGAUGAUUUCACCGCUGAUAAAAUGGGAACACUCUGACGACUGGUACGUGACGUCUUACAGAAUGCAGGAGAAGAUAACUUCAGGAGAAAGAACGGUUGAAGUGACUUUGAGCGAUGAAGACUAUGAGUACAUGUCGGGUCAUGUUAUUGACGGAAGAAAUUUGCUACCUGCUACUGGAUACCUGGCACUUGUUUGGGAAACAAUUGGGAUGAUGAAAGGAGAAUUGUAUACUGAAGUUUCUGUAAUUUUUGAUGAUGUUAAAUUUCUUCGAGCUACGACUAUCCCCAAGGAGGGAAUUGUUGAAAUUACUCUGAUGAUCCAGAAGGGUACUGGCAGGUUUGAGGUUGUUGAAGGAGGUGCUGCUGUUGUUACUGGGUAUGUUCAUUACACUAACAAGCCGGCGCUUGCUAAGCUGAAUCCACCCCCUCCAGAAGAUGAUGAAAAAGAAGAAAUGACUGCUAAGGAUGUUUAUAAGGAACUUAGGUUGAGAGGGUAUCAUUACAGUGGGUCUUUUAGAGGGAUUAAGAGCGCUUCAACAAGCGGAAUGAGGGGGAAAAUAGCCUGGAUAAAUAAUUGGGUCGCUUUUAUGGACAAUAUGCUGCAGAUGCAAAUACUUGAAAUGGACUCACGGGGAUUGUUUGUUCCUACGAGUAUUCAGAAGCUUGUUAUUGAUACCAAGACGCAUUUAAAUCAAAUUCGGGCUAUGCCGGAUGAUGUUAAAGAGUUUCCGGUCUAUAGAAACAAAACUUUAGGUUUGAUAGUAGCAGGAGGAGUAGAGAUCCGUGGUCUGAAAGCCAGCGUAAUAUCAAGAAGAAAACCCGCUGGUGAACCAGUCCUUGAGUCAUAUCAAUUCAUCGCUCAUCGAGAUCGCGCCGAGAUGUCUCUCCAACAAGUCAUACGUGCAGCAGUUCAUCUAGCUUUGGAAAACCACCAAGGAAUAAAAGUUAAAACAUUAGAAAGUUUGGAAGCAAAUGAAAAAUACCCAGUUGAAGAUUUGUUCACCCCAAUUUUUCAAGAAGUACUCGGGGAUAUUCCUCUUAUUCAAGCGGAUUUAAAUAUUCUUACAGAAAAUUCAUUCGAAGAAGACAAACUGCCCCAAAAUAUAAAUGUUACUGAAGCGAAAAAAUUGCCACCGGAUGCCAAUGCUAUGAUUUUGACUGGUCGUGAUCUUUUGAGUACAGAAAAAGCCAAUUCUCUUUCUCAGCUGUUAUUUUCUCUUAAAGACGGUGGGUUUAUUUUAACCCUUGAAUCUAGUAAGAGUAGUGACUUCUCCACUGCUGCUAAGCGACACUAUCUGGAUAUUCUUGUAGAAAAAGUCGUCGGUAGUUCUCUAUGUUUACUUUUGCGGAAACAAGACAAGCUGCCGAAGAAAUCAAUAAUUGUAACCAUUGACAGCAAUUCAUUCAAUUGGAUCGAUGAAUUGAAGUUAAUUCUUGAGAGAGAAAAAGAAGGAGAGCUGAGUCACAGCCGCGUAAUUUUGGUAAGCGAAAAAAGCUUUGAAAGCGGACUUUUGGGAUUGGUUAAUUGUUUAAGAAAGGAGCCAGGCGGUGAAAUAAUCCGGGGUGUUUUAAUUCAAGACGAAAAAGCCCCAGACUUUUCUCUAUCUUUGCCACUUUACGCGAAUCAAAUGAAACUAGACCUUGCCCUGAAUGUUCUCCGACCAAACAACACUUGGGGCUCUUACCGACACCUUCAACUUCCAGCAGUAGUUCCUCGGCCCGUUCAUCACGCCUGGGGUAACCAGCUCGUAAGAGGAGACAUGAGUUCAUUCCAGUGGCUCGAAGGACCUAUCCAACCUGGCUUCGAACAUCCUGAUCUUGUCGACGUCGUUUACUCGGCAAUUAAUUUCCGGGAUAUUAUGCUGGCCACUGGUAAGCUCGCUGCAGAAAUAGUCGCGACCAACCGGGCUUUAGAAGAGUGCUGUAUCGGUUUUGAGUACAGCGGUAUAGAUCGAUGUGGAAAAAAAGUAAUGGGAAUAAUUCCAUCACGAGCUCUUACAAACAAAAUUGUUAUCGAUCGGAACCUCUCGUGGUACGUUCCUAAUGGUUGGACGCUUGAAGACGCAGCUACAGUCCCUUGUGUCUAUGCUACUGUCUACAUUGCUCUGUAUACCUUCGGUAAGAUGAAGAAAGGCCACAAAAUUUUGAUCCACUCUGGAUCCGGAGGAACUGGACAAGCAGCCAUUACUCUGGCGUUAAAUGAAGGCUGUGAAGUUUUCACGACUGUUGGUACUCCUGAAAAGCGGAAGUUUAUUCGGGAUAAUUUCCCGCAAAUUCCGGAAGAUCAUAUUGGAAAUUCACGUGAUACUAGUUUUGAAACAAUGAUUUUGGAAAGAACAAAUGGACGUGGUGUUGAUAUUGUUUUAAAUUCGCUGGCUGAUGAUAAGCUUCAGGCAUCGCUACGGUGUCUAGGAAACUGUGGUCAGUUCUUGGAGAUAGGAAAGUUUGAUAUGGUCAAUAACACGCCGAUUGGUAUGGCAAUGUUCUUGAAAGAGAUCAGUUUCCAUGGAGUACUUUUGGAUCCUGUAUUUAACGCUUCUGUAGAACGUAAGAGAAAACUGAGAGAUUUCCUGCAGAAAGGAUUAGACAGCGGUAUUAUAAAGCCUUUAACGCGAACUGUCUUUCCGAAAGAGAAGCUAGAAGCUGCUUACCGUUAUAUGGCCGCUGGUAAACACAUUGGCAAAGUUAUAGUAAAGGUACUUGAUGAAAAUGACCUUCAAAAUACAUUAAUACCUGGAUUGCCUCGUUAUCAUUGCUUUGAAAAUCGUAGUUACAUUAUUUUUGGAGGUCUGGGCGGAUUUGGACUGGAGUUGGCUGACUGGCUGGUACUUCGUGGUGCUCGUAAUCUCGUUCUUACUUCACGUUCUGGUCUGAAAAAUGGUUAUCAACGCAUGCGAGUACGUUUGUGGGAAUCGUAUGGAGUUAAAGUAGAAAUAGUAGCUGGAAAAAAUCCCGCGAAUCAUCAAGAGUGUGAAGACAUAUUGAAACUGGCUGAAAAUCUAGCUCCAGUUGAUGGAAUCUUUAAUCUCGCAGUCGUUUUGAAAGACAGUUUGAUUGAGAACCAAACGCGUGAUACUUUCAAGGAGUCUUUCACAGCCAAAGCUUGGACAACUAAAGUCUUGGAUAAAGUUUCAAGAAUUGUCUGCCCAAAACUUCGACACUUUGUUGUCUUCUCAUCAGUCUCUUGCGGGCGUGGUAAUGCUGGGCAAUCGAACUACGGAAUGUCAAACUCUGUAAUGGAGAGAAUCUGCGAGAAGCGAGUCGCUGAAGGCCUUCCAGCUCUGGCGGUCCAGUGGGGAGCUGUUGGAGACGUUGGACUAGUUGCUGAUAUGCAAGAAGACAAUAAAGAACUGGUGAUCGGUGGUACUUUGCAGCAAAGAAUAACCUCAUGUUUGCAAGAACUGAAUUACUUCCUCAUGCAAAGCCAUCCCAUAGUUUCCAGUAUGGUUGUUGCUGAAAAACGAGCUGGUGGAGCUGGAGCUCUUAAUAUUGUUGAUACAGUACUUAAUAUCAUGGGUGUAAAGGAUUUGAAAACUAUCAGCCAUCAUACGUCUCUCGCGGAACUUGGUAUGGAUUCAAUGAUGGCCGUUGAAAUAAAACAAUCGUUAGAGCGAGAGUUUGAAGUAUAUCUUACGGCUCAAGACAUUCGAGGCCUUAACUUUGCAAAGUUGUUAGAAAUGAACUCGAAAGAUCUCGAGAAGAAAGCCAAGAAUCAAUCAGCUCCUCGAGAUACUGAAAUUCUUACAGGGAUGAAAUUAUUCAUACGAUUACUAGGAGAAGAUGUUGAGCUUUCGGAAACUUGCGUGAAAUUACCGACCAAAGAAGAAGCCGGAAGAAAUGAAGUAUUCCUUAUUCCUGGAAUUGAAGGGUUUGGAUCUGUUUUCUACAAUCUUGCAAGUAAAAUUAAAUCCCCUGCGACUUGCUUGCAAUUGCAUAACUCCAGCACUGAAUAUAUUUCCAUCUUUGAUAUGGCAAAACAAUUAUUACCACACGUUUUAAAAAGAAAUAAUGGUCGAAGAACAUUUGUAAUCGCAGCAUAUUCAUUUGGAUCUACAGUAGCAAUUGAAUUAGCCAGAUUACUAGAAGCUGAAGGAUUCAUUGGUAGGCUGGUACUUAUUGAUGGUUCUCCUGAGCUCAUGAAAGCCAUUAAAGAUCAACAGCUAUCCGCAUCCAGCGAUGAAGAACUAGCAACAAAUGUUCUCGUGGGUAUCAUGGAUUUAUUCGCGCCUUCAAUCAGCGGAGAGCUCUUCAUGGAAUUACAAAAGUGUAAAUCUCUGGAGGAAAAAUUAGAUGCAUUUGUCCAACGGAUACCAGAUGAAUUAUUGACUGUAUCUCGGGAAGAGCAGCGUAAUAUUUGUGCAGGGGUUUAUAACCGAUUGAUUGCUCUGCAAAAUUACGAUACCUCAAACCUGGCGCCUUUACGUUCUCCAAUUAUACUUCUAAAACCAUCAAUGCCAACUCUUAAAUCCGUCAACGCAGAUUAUGGUCUUAGUAGUGUUACUCGUGAAAACGUCGAAAUUCACGUCGUAGGUGGUAAUCAUGUAACGAUAUUAGAUGAAGCUAAAAUUGCAACAGCAAUCAACGGUGAACCUCUGGAAGAUGCAGACGCUUUCAAAGCUAAAAUUAUGGAAGACGGAAAAAUCCUAGCUCCUAUUACAGACGCUCAUUACAAUAGAUAAAUAUCUUAAUGAUUAAAUAGUUUAAUUCAUUCAAUUAGUUACAAUUAGUUCAUUAAUCGUUUUAUAAU